AUGAAGACGAUCACCGCUCUAGGAUUUCUCGCACUCGCCACCGUUGCCAGCGGCCAGUUCUUGCAUGAUUGCACAAACGCCCUCGAUGGGCUCUACGCUCUUGGAGGAUGCGAAACACAAUUUCUAACAUGCUCCGGCGGAAUCGCAAGAAUCAUGGACUGCCCAGCCGACCUCAUCUAUAACGAGCCACUCCUUAUUUGCGACUGGCGUCACAAUGUUGUUGGUUGCGAGGGAUCCGGCGAGUCAUCUGGAGAAGGAUCUGGCGAAAACUCUGGUGAAGGAUCUGGUGAAAACUCUGGUGAAGGAUCUGGUGAAAACUCUGGUGAAAACUCUGGUGAAGGAUCUGGUGAAGCAUCCGGCGAGGGAUCUGGAUCCGGUGACAGCGAAGGAAGUGGAAAUGAGACUCUCGAUAACGUUUGUGAAAGCUUGGAGGACGGAGCCUACUCAUCAGGUGGUUGCACUACCUACUACUUCUUCUGCACAGAUAAUGUUGCACGCUUCCUCAGCUGUCCAACACCACUUUUCUACGAUGCUGCUACUCAAAAGUGCGUCUGGAAGGCCCAAGUCGAGGAGUGCAAGGAAGAUGUCGACAUUACUGACGGUUCCGGUGAAAAUUCUGGGGAAACUUCUGGAGAAGGAUCUGGCGAGGCUUCUGGAGAGAACUCUGGUGAGAAUUCUGGAGAAGGAAGCGGUGAGUUCGAACCAACAUGUGACGGAAAGGUCGAUGGGAUCUACCCGAACGGAGUUUGUGUCACCAACUUCCUCACUUGUUCCGGUGGAAUUGCCCGCGUCAUGAACUGCCCAGCUUCUCUUGUUUUCAAUCCAUCCAUUCUCGUUUGCGAUUGGCCACGUGACGUCGCUGAGUGCUCUGGACUUCCAGUUCCAAAACCAGUUUGUGAAGAGGACGGAUACUUCUCGUUCGGACAGUGCUCAUCUUCGUUCACCGCCUGCACCAACCAACGUGCUAUUGUCAUGUUCUGUCCUGCUGGACUUAAAUUCUCCGAAGCCAACCAGCGAUGUGAUUACGAUGAUCUCGUUUCUGAAUGCCAAGACAAUUCUGGGGAAGGAUCCGGUGAGUCUUCUGGUGAGUCUUCUGGAGAAGCUUCCGGUGAGCAAUCUGGAGAAGGAUCCGGUGAAGCAUCUGGUGAGCAAUCUGGAGAAGGAUCCGGAGAACAAACCGGAGAGCAGACCGAAUGUGUUGGACUUGAGAACGGACUUCACGCUAUUGGAUGCUCGCCACGCGUUCUUUCGUGCCAAAAUGGACAUGUUGACAUUUUCGAAUGUCCUUCCAGUUUGGUUUUCAAUGAGCAAACUUCUAUCUGUGAUUACCCACAAACCUCUUUGAAGUGUCUCAUCGAAGAUACCCUUCUCAUUGACGAAACUUCAAUCUCUGCAUUUGACUGCUCCACAGAUGGACUCUUCUCCGAUGGUCUCUGUUCUUCCAAAUACCAUCAGUGCACAUCCGGACAGCUCAUCAACUUCACGUGUGCCGAGUCUAACGCCGUCUUCUCUGCCGCUAAUGCCGAGUGCGUCGCUUCGUCAACUCUUCUUCAAUGCCAAUAA